GCUCUGAUGGACAUCCUGCAGCAGGACCGGCGGGAGGCUUUAGAUCAGAGGCAGGAGCUCUGUGACAUCAUCAGCAGACUGCAGGGGGAGCUGCAGGGCACCGAGGAGGACUGGGACAAGUUGGUGUCGCAGUCCGAGCAUCUGAAGCUGAAGGAGAGAACCCUGCAGCUGGACUGGGAGACGGAGCAGAAGAGGAGUUUAUCUUACUUCAACCAGAUCAUGGAGCUGGAGAAGGAGAGAGACCAGGUCAGUGCAGCAACACACAA